GCCCUGGUGACGGCGGUGGCGGCGGCGCGGCGGCGACAUGGCCAUUGUCUCAGAGGAUGACUUUCAUCACAGUUCGAACUCCACCUACAGAACCACAAGCAGCUCUCUCCAAGCUGACCAGGAGGCACUGCUUGAGAAGCUGCUGGACCACCCUCCUCCUGGCCUAAAGAGGCCUGAGGACCGCUUCAAUGGCGCCUACAUCAUCUUCUUCUGCCUGGGCAUUGGAAGUCUACUGCCAUGGAACUUUUUUGUCACUGCCAAGGAGUACUGGAUGUUCAAGCUUCGCAACUCCUCUUGCUCAGCCACAGGGGAAGACCCUGAAGACUCAGACAUCCUGAACUACUUUGAGAACUACCUUGUCAUCGCCUCCACCGUGCCCUCCGUGCUGUGCCUCGUGGCCACCUUCCUGCUUGUCAACAGGGUUGCAGUCCAUGUCCGUGUCCUGGCCUCACUGACCAUCACACUGGCCAUCUUCGUGGUGAUAAUUGUGCUGGUGAAGGUGGACACCUCCUCCUGGACCCGCAGCUUCUUUGCCAUCACCAUCGUCUGCAUGGUGAUCCUCAGUGGCACCAAUACUGUCUUCAGCAGCAGCAUCUAUGGCAUGACUGGCUCCUUCCCUAUGAGGAAUUCCCAGGCACUGAUAUCAGGAGGAGCCAUGGGUGGGACCAUCUCCGCCGUGGCCUUGCUGUUGGACCUGGCAGCAUCCAGCAACAUAACGGACAGUGCCCUGGCCUUCUUCCUGACGGGAACCAUCUUCGUCGUGCUCUGCAUGGGACUCUACCUGCUGCUGUCCAGGCUGGAGUAUGCCAGGUACUACAUGAGGCCUCUUCGUCCGGCCCACGUGUUUUCUGGUGAAGGGGAGCCACCCCCGGACUCCCCCAACAGUCCUUUGGUGGCCCCUAGAUCCAGCAACUCCCACACGCCACCCCUCCGCCCCAUCCUGAAGAAGACCUCCGGCCUGGGCUUCUGUAUUGUCUACCUCUUCUGCAUCUCCAGCCUCAUCUUCCCCGCCAUCUCCGCCAACAUCGAGUCCGUCGACAAGGGCUCGGGCUCGCCGUGGACCACCAAGUUCUUUGUCCCACUCACCACCUUCCUCAUAUACAACUUUGCUGACCUGUGUGGCCGGCAGAUCACAGCCUGGAUCCAGCUGCCAGGGCCCAAGAGUAAGGUACUCCCUGGGCUGGUGCUUCUCCGGACCUGCCUCAUCCCCCUCUUCAUGUUCUGUAACUACCAGCCCCGUGUCCACCUGAGGACAGUGGUCUUCACAUCCGACAUCUACCCCAUACUCUUCAUCACCCUGCUGGGGCUCAGUAACGGCUACCUCAGCACCCUGGCUCUCAUUUAUGGGCCCAAGAUUGUGCCCAGGGAGCUGGCCGAGGCCACAGGCAUGGUGAUGGCCUUUUAUGUGAACCUGGGCCUGGUGCUGGGCUCAGCCUGCUCUGCCCUGCUGGCGCACCUAAUCUAGGAAGGGUUAGACACUGACAUUGACACUGCGUGCUGCUGGGGAGCCUCUAGGAUGGGAGGGAGUGCAAGAGGGCUCAGGUGGCAUGGAGGAAGGGACUGGAGUUCUGCCUGGUGCAGAGAGCGGGGCACACUCGGCCUCAUCUCUCCAGACGCUAGUGAGCUGUGUCCAUGCCCAUCCCGUGCAAGGCAGAGACAUUCCAAAUACUUUAAAGCAACACUCCUGAGACAUUUGUAGAAGACAGUUACAAAGUGGGGGACGCACCGUCAGAGCUGAUGGUUGACAUUCCACGCUUCCUUACAGCCCCUUAGACAUACAUAUGUCACCAUGCUCCACUCUGAGGCAUUACAAGGCUGGCACCAAAACCCAGCCACAGGCACUUUGUAUCUCCUGGCCUUGCUCCUUCUGGCUGACAGGAAGAUGUGAGAGAAAUCAGAGCCCUCCUUUCCCUGAGGGGAUCCCCUGGAAUGGAGGUCCCCCUGGGAUGGCCAGUCCUCAGCCCCAAGACCCAAGCCUAUGCAGACCCCUUUGUUCUGUGGGCAAGAGAGCACACACCCACUCACCAAACUGGGAAACCCAAAAAGACAGGCCUUCCACAGACCGUAGAUCCCUAAACCUGGGCUCCAGAGGGCCUCCUGGUACUGGGGACCGAGCAUGUCAGGCCUGGGUUUUCAAACAAGGAUCCUUAUAGCCUGGUGGUCUAUGGCCUGGGUCAGGGCGGGGAUCUCGUAAUGUCCAUGUUUACAAUAUGUCAAGGCCAUUGGUUCAAGGGCAUAAUAAAUAAGGCUUGCGUAUUCAACGUAAGCCUUAUUGGUGUCUGUAUUAUCCAGGGUCUUGGCAGGAAACAGCAUGCUUAGACUAAUAAUUUGAGGAUAUUUUAAGAGCAAACGUAGGAACCCCAAGGUUAUGUAUUCGAUCCAGGAACUAGUAAUAGGCUGUUCCAUCCCAAGCCUCAAGGGAGGAGA